GCGGGUCCUCCGGGCUGUCAGCCGUGGCCCUAGGCGCCUAGGCGGGGUGGCGGUGGCCAUUGGCGGAGAGGAGGGCGGGGCGGGGUCGCCCGGAGCAGCUACACUAGGCGGUUCCUGCGGCGCUGAGCAGCCGGCCUGGGAGGCGCGGUGCGUGCAGCGGCGACCCGGCUCGCGGCAGCGAUCCGGCUGGGCCCUGGGAGGAAGGCUGUGUGCAGCAGCGACCCGGCUUGGCCAUGGCAGCGGCGCCUCUGAAAGUGUGCAUCGUGGGCUCGGGGAACUGGGGAUCAGCUGUUGCCAAAAUCAUUGGAAAUAAUGUGAAGAACCUGCAGAAGUUCGCCUCCACGGUCAAGAUGUGGGUCUUCGAAGAGACGGUGAAUGGGAGGAAGCUGACAGACAUCAUCAACAACGACCACGAGAACGUAAAAUAUCUCCCAGGACACAAGCUGCCAGAGAAUGUGGUCGCGGUCCCGAACCUCAGCGAGGCUGUGCAGGACGCGGACCUGCUGGUGUUCGUCAUUCCCCACCAGUUCAUUCACAAGAUCUGCGACGAGAUCACAGGCAGGGUGCCCAAGAAGGCCCUGGGCAUCACGCUCAUCAAGGGCAUAGACGAGGGCCCGGAAGGGCUGAAGCUCAUCUCCGACAUCAUCAGAGAGAAGAUGGGGAUUGACAUCAGUGUGCUGAUGGGGGCCAACAUCGCCAGCGAGGUGGCUGCGGAGAAGUUCUGUGAGACCACAAUCGGCAGCAAAGUGAUGCAGAACGGCCUUCUCUUCAAAGAGCUGCUGCAGACGCCCAACUUCCGCAUCACCGUGGUAGACGACGCAGACACUGUGGAGCUCUGUGGUGCCCUUAAGAACAUCGUUGCUGUGGGAGCCGGCUUCUGCGACGGCCUCCGCUGCGGGGACAACACCAAGGCGGCUGUCAUCCGCCUCGGCCUCAUGGAGAUGAUCGCUUUCGCCAAGAUUUUCUGUAAGGGCCAGGUGUCCACGGCCACCUUCCUGGAGAGCUGUGGGGUAGCGGACCUCAUCACCACCUGCUACGGAGGGCGGAACCGCAAGGUGGCGGAGGCCUUCGCCAGGACGGGGAAGACCAUUGAAGAGCUGGAGAAGGAGCUGCUGAACGGGCAGAAGCUCCAGGGCCCGCAGACCUCUGCCGAGGUGUACCGCAUCCUCCAUCAGAAGGGGCUGCUUGACAAGUUUCCUCUCUUCACAGCCGUGUAUCAGAUCUGCUAUGAGGGCAAGCCUGUCACACAGAUGCUGUCCUGCCUGCAGAGCCACCCGGAGCACCUCUGAAGGCAGUCGCGCAGCCACCAGGGGCAGCUCCGCCUUGCCCGUUGCCGGACUAGCCAGAAAACCAGGGCAUGGCAGCGAGACCCCUGCUGGGCUGCGCUCCAAUCCUGAACACAGAUCGUUGCAGCUUGACUUCUGUGCCGGGAGAACCGCAGCAGAUCACUGGCUAAGACGUGCUGAGUAACAGCUAACCACGCACAUGUGAGCGUGUGUGUGUGUGUGUGUGUGUAUGUGUGUGUGUGUGUGUGUGUGUACCUUUCUCAUUCUGUGGGUGUUUCUCUGAACCCCAAUCAGGUGUCUAUUUUAAUGAUCACAUUUUAAAUUUCCCUUCCAGAGCAGCCUUCGAGAUAAGAACCCACUCAGCUAAAUGUUAUGGGUGUGACUUGUUUAUAUGCGAGGAAAGGGAAAAAUUAAUUUUUCCUUCCGAAAUAGUUAUCCAACAUUAAGAAGGUAUGUGAAAGGUGUGUGUCUGAAGACCACCACAGUUCACUUUUAAACCGCAUCUCAGAGCCAGCAGGACGAGCUCUGUGGAAUGUGGGCGAAUCACUAAAUAAUCAGGUGUUUUAAUUAGAUAAUUCACUUACACAUUUCUUCUUGUUAAAGAUACACGUUUCUGGCCUCUGGCCUCUUAUUGGCUGCUGGAAUGGGCUUUUCCACAGACCCAGCGAUGGCAGAGGAAGGGGACAUCCCUGCAGUGGCUGGCAUUUCCUUCUGGGGACACAUUGUCUUGCCCUUUGCUGGGACUUUUUUUGCAGCUGUGUCUCUUCAAGCUCAUGCAACCUUGAACGGGGCCACGUCACUCAUGUCAGAAGCCACAACUAUACCUGGUCACCCAGGGACAUGGAUGGGACCUGCUAGGAUGUCCCAUCCUAGCAGCUAGCUAACUGUUUGUAGGAAUGGUAUGUGCGGCUUUUCCUGAGGCCACAUGAGGGCUUCCUGCCUUGGAGAUGUGUGUGGCAGAGUCUCCAGUCUAAGUAGUGUCCCCAGUCCAGCAGGGUCAUUGAACUCUUAAGAAAGCCAUUCCUAAGCCUCAAGAAAGGCCCCUGUGUUUCAAUAUGCCUUCCAUCCAUUUCUGAUGCUCACUACAACCUGAGAGGCACUGCAUUAGCAAAGCCUUCAUUGAACAAUGUUUAUAGGAGGAGAUAAGUGUCCUGUGGCCUUCUGGCUAUGCCAGGUGAACCCCGGCAUGGCCAGGUGAGUUUGGGAAAGGUUGCCUCUUCAGAUUUUCCUAGAAGGGGUAACCUGUAUGCUUGGAACCUCACUAGAACCUGUUAACAAGUCCCAAAUACAUUAGACUAUGAGAGAUUUUUUUUUUACUAGAAUAUUAGCCAAAAUUUCUAAAGAACCCUGCUUUAGAGUAAGGAGGUGACCCUCACUCUCAGUAGGCAAUCAGGAUGCCUAACUACCUGGGAGAGUCUGUCUAUGUAGCCUGGGCUGGCCUUGAACUUGUCACCUUCUUGCCUCUUGUCUCCUGAGUAGCUAGGACUGCCACACCCAACUGGUAUUUUGCAGUUUCUGAACUUUCUGAAUCCUUGAAGCUCUCAGGUGACAGGGUUAAGAACAGACAAGUAGAUGCCAACGUCACUGAAACGCACACUAUAUGGAGUAAGUGCUUUGGAACCUAGAAUUAGAAUGGAAAUGGUGUCUUUAUUUAAAAAUUAGGCAUCCCGUGAGUGGGGAGAGAGCGUAUGAAUGUGAUGCAAUCAUUGCUUUUAGCUUGCGAGAUUUCCCACUUCUCCCUCAUCAUGGGUCCGCUAUACACCCCCCCCUCUACACCCCUAAUAUCAUUGAAAAUAAUUGUAAAAUAAAUUUUUAUGGGAAUUUUUUAAACUAUCUAAAAAGACUUUAGGACAUUGUAAAGUCUCACACCUAAAAGCCUACGGAAGGAAGCGCACAGCAGGAAAUUUCAGUUUUGUAAUGAUGUCUGUCAAUCGAUUUUUUUUCUUGUCUCCUGAUAAGUCUUUUGUAAAGCUUGUACAUAUGUAACAAAGAGUUACUUUUUAAGAUAUCCAAAGGGCUGUAAGCUACUGUGUGUCUACAAAGUAGGACAAUGAGGAACUGUUGACAUCUUGUGUUCUGCAUCCUCAUUUAUGUUCACCCUCUCUCGGGACUUGUUCCGGGUCCCUUGUUCCAUCCCCCAUGAAUGCCCCUACUGGCUGAUGUCCCCGGAGUCAGCCGAUGUGCUUAUCAUGCUCCACACUUGAUGGAGACCGGUAACUUCCCUAAGUUUGUGCUCUGACAGCCAGAGGCAUCACUCUGUGAGUUAUCCGUUGUUGUGACCACCUGCUGAUUGAGGUUUCUUCUGAGCUGUGGCAGCAGAACCAGAGGCACCUAGCCUAGAAACUCCAUCUGUGAAUGUAAAACUAGACUCUUGCCUUGCUCCUCUCUUCCCCACCACAGUUUGGGACAAACUCUCUGGAAUCCACCCCUGAGGCUGAGCUGAGUCUGCCUUCUGGUGUCUUAACCACUGGCCUAGGAGGCUGCUGUGGUAAGACAGCAGCGUCCAAACAAUUGUUUCUCUGCCACUUCUGGUUGGCUGGCCUCUUACUUCCAUAUGUACUGUAUCUGUUUACGGACUGUAGGUGGAUGUGUAAUUUACAGCUUGAUUUAAUAAACACAACCUCUCAAACCUG